CAGGGCGGGUCUCGGGGCGGAGCCGCCCCCGCCGGAGGCCGCAGGCAGUGGCAGGCCCGGACGCGGCCCGGCGUGGCGCCUCAGUCGGGUUCCGGCGCCGGGGGUCACGGGCUGAGCCAUGUGGGGCCGCUACCGGGCGGCGCGGCGGCUGCUGCUGAGCCUCAGCCGGACUUUGAAUCAAAAGUCAUGGAGGUGGAAGAGUGGGCCUGCAAAUGAAAGAGCACUACAAUACAAGAUAGGAGAACAAAUCCAUGGGUUCACUGUAAACCAGGUAGAAGCUGUUCCUGAGCUAUUCCUAACUGCAGUGAAGCUUAGUCAUGAGAACACAGGAGCCAAAUAUUUACAUGUGGCACGUGAGGACUCCAAUAAUCUAUUCAGUGUACAAUUUCGUACCACCCCGUUGGACAGUACUGGUGUUCCACAUAUCCUUGAACACACCGUGCUUUGUGGUUCUCAGAAGUAUCCUUGCAGAGAUCCUUUCUUUAAAAUGUUAAACAGAUCACUGUCCACUUUCAUGAAUGCAUUCACAGCCAGUGAUUACACACUCUACCCAUUUUCAACACAAAAUCCAAAGGAUUUUCAGAAUCUCCUGUCCGUGUAUUUGGAUGCUGCUUUUUUCCCAUGUUUGCGACAACUAGAUUUCUGGCAAGAAGGUUGGAGGUUAGAGCAUGAGAAUCCAACUGAUCCUCAGACACCUCUAGUCUUCAAAGGAAUUGUUUUUAAUGAAAUGAAAGGGGCAUUUACAGACAAUGAGAGGUUAUUCUCACAACACCUACAGAAUAAACUCCUUCCUGAUCACACUUAUGCUGUAAUAUCUGGUGGAGACCCAUUAAGUAUUCCUGACCUUACAUGGGAACAGCUUAAACAGUUCCAUGCCACUCAUUAUCAUCCAAGCAAUGCUAGGUUCUUCACUUAUGGUAACUUCCCAUUGGAGCAGCAUUUAAAACAAAUUCAUGAAGAAGCGCUGACUAAGUUUCAUAGAAUUGAACCAAAUACUGCCAUCCCAGUACAGCAACUCUGGGAUAAGCCUAGAGAGCAUCAUGUGAAAUGUGGCUCAGAUUCAUUUGCUGCAGACCCUACAAAGCAGACAACUAUCAGUGUUAGCUUCCUGCUGACAGACAUUACAGAUACUUAUGAAACUUUCACGCUUAACCUGUUGUCUUCCCUGUUGGUUGGUGGACCUAAUUCUCCCUUCUACAAAGCCUUACUUGAGGCCAGUCUUGGUACAGACUUUUCUCCUGAUGUUGGGUUUAAUGGCUGCACAAAAGAGGCUUACUUCAGUGUAGGCCUGCAGGGAAUUGCUGAGAAAGACAUAGAAACCAUCAAACAAAUUACUGCUAGAACAAUAGAUGAAGUUAUUGAGAAAGGAUUUGAGGAAGAGAGGAUUGAAGCCCUACUUCACAAAAUUGAAAUCCAGAUGAAGCAUCAAUCUACAAGUUUUGGACUUGCCCUGACAUCAUACAUAGCCUCCUGCUGGAAUCAUGAAGGAGACCCUGUGGAACUUUUGAAGAUUUCAGACAAAGUGACUCAGUUCAGGCAGCACCUCAAGGAAAACCCAACAUUUCUUCAAGAAAAAGUUAAACAGUAUUUUAAGGAUAAUCCACAUAGAUUGACUCUGUCGAUGAGUCCAGAUGAAAGCUACUAUGAAAAACAAGCAAAAUUGGAAGCCGAAAAACUGAAACAAAAAGUUAAUGCUCUUUCUGAAGAAGAGAAGAAACAAACGUAUGAAAAAGGUUUGGAAUUAAUUGCUCUUCAAAGCAAACCUCAGGAUACCUCCUGUCUCCCAGCUCUAAAAGUAUCUGAUAUUGAGCCCACAAUCCCAUUCACUGAGCUGGAGAUGGCAUUUGCAGCUGAUGAAAUCCCUGUCCAAUACUGUUCUCAGCCAACCAAUGGGAUGGUAUAUUUCAGAGCUGUUUCCAGCUUGAAUACACUUCCAGAGGAGCUCAAACCAUACGUGCCACUCUUCUGCAGGGUCAUUACUAAAAUGGGCUGUGGAGCGCUUGGUUACAGAGAGCAAGCCCAGCAAAUGGAGCUAAAAACAGGUGGCAUGUCUGUCAGCCCACACAUCGUUCCAGAUGAUUCACAUCUGGAUGCAUAUGAACAGGGUGUGCUCUUUUCUUCUCUGUGCCUGGAUAGAAAUCUGCCAGACAUGAUGCACUUAUGGAGUGAAAUCUUUAACAACCCACACUUUGAAGAAGAGGAGCAUUUUAGAGUACUGGUUAAGAUGACUGCACAAGAGCUGUCAAAUGGCAUUCCUGAUUCUGGGCAUUUAUAUGCAUCUGUUCGAGCUAGCAAAACCCUUACGCCUGCUGGAGAGUUACAAGAAAUGUUUAAUGGCAUGGAUCAGGUGAAACUGAUUAAGCGAAUUGCAGAAAUGUCUGAUAUUAAACCAGUACUACGCAAACUACCACGCAUUAAGAAAUAUUUAUUAAACAGUGAUAACAUGAGAUGUUCAGUGAAUGCUACACCUCAACAGAUGUCACAAGCAUCUAAAGAAGUAGAAAACUUUUUAAAGGGCAUCGCUAGAAGCAAAAAAGAGAGAAAACCUGUCCGCCCCCAUGUGAUUGAGAAGUCUCCAGAGCCCGUGCCUGUUGGAAGGGAAAGGCUUAAUUGUUCACAAAUCACAAGAAAACUAAUUACUGAGCCUACCUUCAAACCAUGUCAGAUGAAGACCCAUUUUCUACUUCCCUUCCCAGUGAAUUAUGUUGGAGAAUGCAUUCGAACUGUUCCCUACACAGCUCCUGAUUAUGCAAGGUAGGUGCGCAUGCACGCCAAGCUCCCAAGUCCAGAAAUUCUAACAAGCAGUGUCCGUUGGCCCACGCAUGCACAGAAAUUCACCUUGUGCGCCAGACCCAGGACAUAACAGGUAGUGUGGGUCAACACCUCUCCAGUUCCUUCUUACUGCCGCAUGGCCUGAGUUGGAAUCACUGUGUCCACAUAUUUCUCCAGCUUUUAUCCUUAUACUCUGUAAAUACAUUUCUAAACAGGGUAUAGUUUAUAUUAGCAUAGUUAGUUAUUAGUAUAGGUAAGGCUCCCCCCCCCCUCCCCCCCCCAUACCGGGGUCUUCCUCCCUGUGGUCUGGGACUGUGCUUUAAAUUCCUAGGGUUCAAGAACCAUCUCCCGUGCCCUUGCUCCUUUUCCAUGAAUGACAAUCAUCAACCCUGUCUCUGUUGUUUGGAUGAAACCUGUAUUGCUGCAAAGUGCAGCAUCUGUCACGCUUUUCUGCUGCAAACUCGCAAAGCUUGUGAACUUUGAUUAAGAAAACACCUUAUGGAGAAGGCUGAGGCCUUUCUCUGAUCCAGGCCAGGGAGACCCCCCUGCCGUACAUUUGCCCCAUCAGAUGAGCAACACCCCUCCGACCACGAGCUUAAGAGUGGAAUCUACAGCUGCUUACCUCAAGAACUCUUCUUCCUGGGUUCGCCAUGAGAGUACGGGUAUGUCUGCACUACCUGCCAUAUUGGCAGGCAGCGAUUGAUCCAGCGGGGAUCGAUUUUAUCGCAUCUAGUCUAGAUGCGAUAAAUCGACCCCCCCCCCCCCCCCCCCCCCCGAGCACUCUCCCAUUGCCUCCUGUAUUGCACUGCUGCGAGAGGCGCAGGCAGAGUUGACGGGGCAGUGGCAGCUGUCUACUCACCGUAGUGAAGAUACCACGGUGAGUAGGUCUAAGUACGUUGACUUCAGCUAUAUUAUUCACAUAGCUGAAGUUGCGUAACUUAGAUCGAUUUCCUCCCCGGUGUAGACGAGGGCUGAGGAACACUCUCUUAUGCUAGUAAGGACAGAUGCCCUUCCGGAUCUGCCUAUGAAGGGAAGGAGUCCUUCCCGAGCCCAUCCAGGCUGGGUGAGCAUUUGCAUGCGAAUCUGAUGGGUCCAGGAUCACCAAAGACCCACAGAUUGAUGGGUAAAGUAUGCAAAAAGGAGCUGUUGGUACCACUGGUAGCUCCAGUUCCAAAACACAAGGACUGACACCUGCUGGCACAAUCCAGAAGUGCUGGGCCUGAUUCUUCCUCAGUACUGUCCCAUCCUCCUCAGGACCACCUGGCUACAACUCCCUGGGACGAGUCGGAACCAUCAGUCCUGACUGUUGGAAUGCUUCAAGCACUAAGUCUUAUGGACACUUCUGUACUACACUGGAGGAUAUAUUCCUCUCUCAUGCUCAGUCUUUUCUCUUCUCUGGCCUGGUGCUUAUGAGGGACAUUGCCACAGUAGAGGACAAAGCUAUGUUUUGUUGUCACUGGAGCCAUCCCUUCUCCAACCCUCCGGUAUUGUUGGUUCCACCAGUGAAGUGAGAGCAGUUGUCAGACUUGGAUAGAUAGGACGCUCUUGCUGUUCUGUCAUCUCCUUGUAGAGAGCUGAACCACGAUAGACAGUCAAGGAGAUCUGAGCUCCAUCCUCCCAGUUCUGACUUCCCUACGGAUCACUGGUACACAAUGCCAUGGGCUUCACACCACGUGCAGUUGAUCCUGCCUUACUGGGAGCCCUGGCAUCCCUGUGGAAGAUGCCCUGGAUCUGUCCACAAAUCCUGCGACAACUCUCCUACGUGGCACCACUGGAUCCGUUGGAGUACGAGAAGGAGGACAUAGGCCCGGAUGUGCAGUUAUCGACGGGAAACUCAUUUUUGUCUCCCAGAUGAAGCCAUCACUCGAUCCUCACUAUCUCCACUGAAUGACCAUAGGCAAUACCAGGAGCUAUUUCAUACAAUUGCCAGUGACCUCCAGACACCACUUGAGGAGGUCCAGGAUUCCCAGCAUCCGGUCAAAGCAAGGUGGCGUUCCUGAUCAACAAGGCAGUCAUGGAGCCAGCCAGAGUAGUCUGGCACACUCCAGACUCAUACAUCCCCACAUCUAAGAGGGCUGAGAGAUGCUAUUAUGUCCCUGCCAGAGGGGCUAAAUUUCUCUUCUCCCACCCAGCGCACAACUCCCUUGUAGCCCUAGAGAGAACAAAGUCACAGCAUCCCAAGACCACACAGGCUGACAGGGCUCAAAGAGAUCGGACCUUAUGGGGAAAACGGUCUUCUCGUCUAUGAGCUUACAAUUCUGUAUCGCUAACUAUCAGGCCUCAUUAGUGAAAUAGGAUUUUAAGGACAAUCUUCCCUCUGAUGACAGAGCCCAGUUUCAGUCUCUCUUAGAGGAGGGCAAACUAGUGGCUAAGACUUCCUUUCAAGCUGCGGUAGAUGCAGCUGACACUGCAUCCAGAGACUUAACCACUAGCAUAGUCAUGAAGCAUGAGUCUUCACUUCACUGCUCACAGCUUCCCAAGGGGGUCCAGAACACCAAACAGGACCUGCCUUUCGAUGAGUUGAGUUUGUUCAUUGAGAAAAUGGGCACAUCCCUACACUUGUAGAAAGACUUGGAUGACACUACACUCCCUGGGGGUUUACGCCCCAGUCCCGUGAAGAAUGCACCAGAGGCAGGGAUAUAGACCAAGGCUGCCCCCUCCACAGUCAACGCUCAGCCUCCCUGUAAAUGACAGAAUUCAGAGACCUUGAUUUUCAGCCACCUCUACUACCAUGAUCUCUGCCCAUUCUCAGCCACCUGCCAAGGGCUACUUUUGAUGCAUAGUUGAGAUCCAUCUACCACAGUUGAUGCCAGUCACUUCUUACCCCCAUGAUCUUUGAGGGCCACCUCAUACUUUUCACCCACAAUUAGGAUUCCAUCGUGACAGACAGCUGAAUCCUAGAAAUUAUAUAUCAAGGAUACUCCAUAGAGUUUCUCCCUUCCUCCCCCCACACAAGUCCCUCUUCAAGGAUCACUCUUACAAGGUGAUUCUUUGCCAGGCAUCCUUCCUCCUAUGAGGGACAAUAGAGCAGUACCACCUCAGUGUCAAGGAAAUGGGGUUCUAUUCCCCUUACUUCUAAGGCCCCUAAAAAGACGAAGGGUGGAUACCCAUUCUGGACCUUCAACAGCUGAACAUUUUUAUUCAAAAGUCAAAUUUCAGGACAGGAGGGAAUAUGGUUCGUGGCUCUCAACAUGAAGAAUCCUUAUUUCCAUGUAGAUAUUCAACCGUCUCACAAAAAGUUCCUUCAUUUCUGGUGGAGCAAGAGCAUUUCCAGUUCAGACUUUAGACUGAUGAUUGCGCCCAAAGUUUUCAUAGAAGUCUUCUCAAUUGAGACAGGGUUACACAUGGGUUUUCCUGUAUCUCAGUGCCUGGGUCCCUGUAGGUGGAUCUGGGCCAGAGGUCUGUUUGCAACUUUGUUCCUGCUGCAGCUGUUAGCAGCAGUAGGAGUCUGUGUAAAUGAAGAAAAGACCAUUUUAACACCCACACGGAUGAUGAACUUUAUCAGAGUGACACUGGACUCCACUACAGCAAGACUCCACUAUACCUCAUGGAAAUAUUUCAGCUAAUGAGUUAUCUGAUAGCACAGAUUACUCACAGACCAAGAACUACACUCAGGAUGUGCCUUUUUCUCCUGGCCCACAUGGCCUUAUGCACUUAUGUGACCCAUUCCCCCAGGUUUCAUAUAUGCUGCCUACAAACCUUGCUCUGUUCAGUCUACUCAUCUGAAAAGGAUCUCAUUAACACCAGUGUAACUAUUCCCACCAGAGUCAUCGCCUCUCUUAUUUGGUGGUCGAACCCAGGUGAAGUGACAGCAGAGGCGACGUGUGAGACGGUACGUAGGUUACAUGUCCCGCAAAUUUCUGCCAAGGUUUGUCAGUCCCGCUUGGUCACAUGGUGCGGCCUGGACUUGUCCCUGCAUGGCAGCCGCCAGAGCCGGCAAGCUGUGAGCUGCACACCGUGCGGAGAGGUAGGAGCAACAGCUGGGAGCUGCAGGGAGGGGCCUCGUACUUUCCAGGUAGGGAGACAGGGUAAGCGGGGAGACCUGCCUGGGAGGGGGCAUCACUCAAGCUGUUCUGGGGGUGGCCGUACAUUUAAAUUGUAACCCCUGCACUAUCAGCAGGUACAGGUCGUCUCUGAGAGAGAGUGGGGCUUUCCCUUUGUCACUCCCACCUCCACAGUCCCCAUUGUAACAGACUCAUCCCUUAUGGGUCAGGGUGUUCACCUGAACAACACAGUGUCAUCCUUUCUGCAGUAGAUGGGAAUUCUAUCUUUAUUGACCCUACAACACUGAGGCUUAUGAAAGGCCUAGUUAGAACCUUUCUGCUAAUCAUCAAACCUACGCCUCAGAGGGACCUCAGUCUCAUGCUGUCAGCACUCACUGGGCUGCCAUUUGAACCCUUGGCAACAUGUUUAACCUGUCAUAUUAUUCGUGGCUAUUACCUCAGCUAGAAGGGUGGACAAGAUGGGAGCCCUCAUGGCAGACCAACUGUAUACUGUUUUUCACAAGGAAAAGGUCUUUCUUUGAUUGAAUCCUUAAUUUCUCCCCAAGGUUAUUUUGGAAUUUCAUGUCAACCAAGCUAUCCACUUCCCUGUUUUCUUCCAAAAACGCCAUAACUCUGUUAAGGAAGCUUCAGUCCCUUGACAUCAGACACACACACCUUAGAUUUGAUCCUGUGCGGGUAGAAUGCUAUCAGGAAGUCUCCUAGGCUCUUUCUGACAAAGAGUUCAUGAGGACAAACUAUAUCUUCUAAGAGGAUCUCUAAAUGGGUUUGUGGGUGCAUCAUUGUGUGGUACCAAUUGACACACAUCCUUCCACCUGACAGAGUAAGGGCACUUUCCACCAGAGCGCAAGCUGCCUCUGCAACAUCACUGCACAAAGUACCGUCUCUGGACAUGUCCAGGAUGGCUAGCUAGAGUUAAACAUUGCAUGCUAGUUCAAUCCUCCGCUGCGGACACAGCAGUGGAAACUGCAAUAGUUUAAGCAUCCUUGCACCCCCCUCCAGUCUGAAUACUGCUUGUCAGUCAUCCACAUGUGGAAUACACACAGGGACCAGCACUUGAAGAAAUGGAGGUACUUACCUGCAACUGGAAGUUCUUUGAGGUAUGUGGUCCCAAUCUAUAUUCCAGUAUCCACCCUCUGUCCCUUCGGAUCUUUUUGGAUUCGUAAGAAGAGGAACUGGAGAGCCAUUGGCCUGCAUCGCCUUUUAUGUCCUCGGUCUGGAGCAUGAGAUGAACUACUGCGCAUGUGCGGGCCAGUGGAUGCUGCUUGUUAGAAUUUCCAGAGUUGGAUGCAUGGCAUGCAUGCGCACCAAUUUGUGGAAUACACAUAGGGAUCACCUAUCUCAAAGAACUACCAUUUACAGGUAAGUAACCUCCAUAUAUUUUUGAACCACACUCACGAGAAAUCCUCUAGAAGGCAGUCUUUGCACAGCUGUUGAUCUUGUGUUUAAAUAAUUGCCUAAAAAUAUCACCUGCUUGUGUUCUAACAAGUUCUGUAAGGGAGGGUGGAGUCAUUGGAUCAAAAUCUACUGUUUCUGCUCGUGACUCCUGCUGAAGUCUUUUUACAAGGACAGAAUUUGCCACGUUGUUAGAAUUUGGGUACCAAAAGCAACUGAAUUAUAACUUCCAAAUUGAAGGAGAACCCUGCACACUCUGAUCCUGUUUCUUUGUGUAUAUGAUGACAUGAUAUGUGACCAAAUAGGUGGCUUAGAGAACUUUAUAUUUCAUGGAGAGAGAUGAAAUUUAAACUAUUUAAGGAAGUUAGGGAGCAUAGUGGUAGUGCUAUUCUAGUAUGGAGAAAUCAAGAGACUUUGUAUUGAAGAUGGCACAAUUUAAAAUUCUUCAUUUUUGUGCUUAAAUCAUCAUUGUUACUGUAGGGUGCAAUUAGGAAUACUUCAUUUGUAUAACUUAGAUCUUUG